AUGCUAGUGGGCCGUGGCCGUGGCCGUGCUGAACUUAUCGAGAAACUUCUGCGAGAUUUCGAUGGCGCUAAUCCCCUCCUAACGAAAGAUGGAAGCACCGAUAUUAGCAGCCUGCUCUCCAGGCCAGGUGAAGACCCGUUCAAGCUGAACUGCAAGGAACGGAAAAUCAGAAGCCAAUAUUGA